CGUAAACAAACACAGAUCCACAGCUUCGGACGCCAUUCUCACCUUUCAGCAUGGGCGCGCCGGACACAUCAUGGGUGUUCGCCGACCUCGCCGUCGCGGACAGCUCCAGGUACAGCACCCGCUCGCGGCUACUGCUCACGGGGCUCUCCUUCGCCAUUGGCAUCGUCACCCUCCUCCUCUACCUCGCCGUCUCCUACGCCUGCAGCCGCCGCCGCCGUUGCCGCCGUCAGCGCGACAGCGGUGCUGGUGCGGACGACCAGGAGGCCGGCAUGGGCGACGCGGCGAUCGUGUACGAGCAGGCCGACACCCUGGCGGCGCCCAUGGACUGCGCGGUGUGCCUCGGGCAGGUGGAGGCCGGCGAGAAGCUGCGUCGGCUCCCCAAGUGCGCGCAUCUGUUCCACGCCGACUGCGUCCACGCCUGGCUGCAAGCGCACUCCACCUGCCCCAUGUGCCGCGCCGCCGCCACUGGCACCACCCCGGCCGCGGCAGCGGUGCUGCCCCCUGGCGUGGUUGCAGUUGCAGGCACGCCGCCUGCCUUGGAACCGAUGGAUUGA